AUGGCAUCGUUUGGCCCCACUUCCGCACGGAGAAUGCGAGUCGUGUUCGAGAACGAUUCCACCAUUCGAAAGUACGGAACCUGCCUCCGCCUCGAGAGAGAGUUGGAGGCGAUGGCCUUUGUCCAGAAACACACGACCAUUCCGAUUCCCAGAAUCCUGGAGGCCAGAGUGUUUAGUGAGUGUGAUAAGUAUUGGAUUUUGAUGAGCCGGAUGCCCGGAAUCAGUUUCGACAAAGCGUGGCCGGGUAUGAGCGAGGACGCGCGGAGGCUACACAGCCUAUUACCCCCAAAUUCUGGCUGGAUUGGGUCAUGCACGGGAACAGCUGCCUAUGACCACCGGUUGAAGAACGGGUCUCCGUGCGGACCCUUUGAUUCUGUGUCCCAGUUUCUUGAUUUUCUCGUCGAGCCGAUGAGCCGUAGCCCAAAGCCGUCACUAGCGAAGACUUACCGGGCGAUGUUUUCUGAUGUUUACGGCGUCAAUUUCGCCCACGCCGACCUGUCAUAUGAACAUAUAUUAGUGGAUGAAAGCACAGGCAACGUGACAGCUAUCCUAGAUUGGGAGAUGGCUGGGUUUUGGCCAGAAUGGUGGGAGUAUAGGAAGGCGUUAUUUGGUGGUCGAUGUCAGAAGUGGUGGGCGGACAUUGUCAAGGAAAUCAUGCCCCCCUACGAGAAAGAGUUUGAAGUAGACGUUGUUUUGGAGAUGUUUUAA